CAGAUUCCUGGGGUCGGCCCUCGCAGGCAGGCUGCGGGGGUUGGCUCCGUGGGGUAUUCUAAGGGAUCCGCACCCUGGGGCUCAGGCUGUGCAGCUCUUGGUCCUCGGCCGCCCACGGGCGUUGGCGAAGGCCAGCCGUCCAGGCCGAGGACCAGCAGGCCGUGUGCAGCUGCAAAGGGUUCCCCCGGGACUGGCCGGAGCCUCCGGGGAGGCGGGGCGGGGAGGGCACGGGCGAAGUCUGGCUGCAGCCACCUCGCAAGGACAGCCUGUACAGCACCCGGCCUAAGUCAGGACACCUGGGCGAUGGGCGCCCGCAUGACUCAGGUGCUGGCGAGAUGCGCCCUGGCACCAUGCCCUGCGUCCCUGCAGCGGAGAUCCGGAGCCCAGAGUGUCGGCUCAAGACCUCGAGCGAAGGGUUAAAGCCCGGGUCGCCACUCCUAACCCUGGCGAGACAGCGUGAAUGCAUCUCAGUUCAUGUGGGGCAAGCAGGUGUCCAGAUGGGCAAUGCCUGUUGGGAGCUCUACUGCCUGGAACAUGGGAUUCAGCCUGAUGGGCAGAUGCCCAGUGAUAAGACCAUCGGUGGAGGGGACGACUCCUUUACCACCUUCUUCUGUGAAACCGGUGCUGGAAAGCAUGUGCCACGGGCAGUGUUUGUGGAUCUGGAGCCCACUGUGAUUGAUGAGAUCCGAAAUGGCCCAUACCGGCAGCUCUUCCACCCAGAGCAGCUCAUCACUGGGAAGGAGGAUGCCGCCAACAACUAUGCCCGUGGUCACUAUACCAUUGGCAAGGAGAUCAUUGACCCCGUACUGGACCGGAUCCGCAAGCUGUCUGACCAGUGCACAGGACUUCAGGGCUUCCUGGUGUUCCACAGCUUCGGAGGGGGCACCGGCUCGGGCUUCACCUCACUCCUGAUGGAGCGGCUCUCGGUUGACUACGGCAAGAAAUCCAAGCUGGAGUUCUCCAUCUACCCCGCCCCCCAGGUGUCCACGGCCGUGGUGGAGCCCUACAACUCCAUCCUGACCACCCACACCACCCUGGAGCACUCGGACUGUGCCUUCAUGGUGGACAACGAGGCCAUCUAUGACAUCUGCCGCCGCAACCUGGACAUCGAGCGCCCCACCUACACCAACCUCAACCGGCUCAUCAGCCAGAUCGUCUCGUCCAUCACGGCUUCCCUGCGCUUCGACGGGGCCCUCAACGUGGACCUGACGGAGUUCCAGACCAACCUGGUGCCCUACCCUCGCAUCCACUUCCCCCUGGCCACCUAUGCGCCGGUCAUCUCUGCAGAGAAGGCCUACCACGAGCAGCUGUCCGUGGCAGAGAUCACCAAUGCCUGCUUCGAGCCUGCCAACCAGAUGGUGAAGUGCGAUCCCCGUCACGGCAAGUACAUGGCCUGCUGCCUGCUGUACCGCGGAGACGUGGUGCCCAAGGACGUCAACGCCGCCAUCGCCGCCAUCAAGACCAAGCGCAGCAUUCAGUUCGUGGACUGGUGCCCCACGGGCUUCAAGGUUGGUAUCAACUACCAGCCACCCACCGUGGUGCCCGGGGGUGACCUGGCCAAGGUGCAGCGCGCCGUGUGCAUGCUGAGCAACACGACCGCCAUCGCGGAGGCCUGGGCCCGCCUGGACCACAAGUUCGACCUGAUGUAUGCCAAGAGGGCCUUUGUGCACUGGUAUGUGGGCGAGGGCAUGGAGGAGGGGGAGUUCUCUGAGGCCCGGGAGGAUAUGGCUGCCCUGGAGAAGGAUUACGAGGAGGUGGGCAUCGACUCCUAUGAGGACGAGGAUGAGGGAGAAGAAUAGAACAGCUGCCUGGAGCCCAUUCACUAUGUUUAUUGCAAAAUCCUUUCGAAAUAAACAGUCUCCUUGCACGGUU